CCUUGUGACAGGGAUUGGGAGGCUGCUGGGAAAACAUGGCAGCUUCCUAUUGUUUGUGCGGAUUUACCGUACUCCGAGGGGGGGUUUAAAUACGUUCUCCAGCGGAUAGACGGCUCCCUGUCGGUCACCCGGGGUUCCCACUGGCUGCCAUCCACACAGCUGAAGCAGGAGAACAUGGAGAAGAGCGGGAGCAUCGACAGUUUAGGCUCGAAGCGCUCCUCUUCCCGACAGCCCAGUGUUGAUUCAUUGUCCAGUACUUCCACCUCUCGCUCAGACCGCUCUGCCCAGGUCAAGCCGCCCUCUGCGAUGUCGUCUGACUCUGUGGCCACCUCUGCAGAGCUCUCCCCAGAGCUCAGGGUUAAACCCAAAACUGCUGCCAAGCAGGUGCUUAGAGAUUCAGACAAAGAAGAACCACAGUUACUCCCAAAUGAAACUGUACAAGACAUGGCCCAGGAUGUCACCUACUUCUGUCCUUUCAUUGGAGCACUGAGGGGAACAGUGACAGUUACCAACUACAGACUUUUCUUCAAAUGCAUGGACAGGGAGCCAGCGUUUGUGCUGGACCUGCCCCUCGGGGUGGUGAGUCGUGUGGAAAAGAUUGGAAGUGCGUCAAGCCGUGGAGAUGUGUCCUACGGGUUAGUUUGCAAGGACAUGCGUAAUCUACGAUUUGCACACAAGCAAAUGGAGGACACACUCAGGAAGUCCAUUUUCGAAGUGCUGGUGAAAUUUGCAUUUCCUGUUUCCAAUGGGCUGCAAAUCUUUGCCUUUGAAUAUGGGCAAGUCUUUCCUGAAAACGGAUGGAAGGUGUACGAUGCUCUCUCGGAGUAUAAAAGACAGGGCAUACCCAAUGAAAGCUGGAGGAUAACAAAAGUGAAUGAUCACUACGAGGUUUGUGACACCUACCCAUCAACUCUGGCAGUGCCUGUCAACAUACCAGACGAAGAGCUGAAGAGAGUAGCUGCCUUCCGAGCAAAGGGAAGGAUACCUGUGUUGUCAUGGAUCCAUCCAGAGAGCCAGGCAACAGUGACACGCUGCAGUCAGCCCAUGGUUGGCGUUAACGGGAAGCGCAGUAAAGAGGAUGAGAAAUACCUCCAGGCCAUCAUGGACGCUAAUGCUCAGUCCCAUAAACUCUUUAUUUUCGAUGCCAGGCCCAGUGUCAACGCUGCCGCCAACAAGAUGAAAGGCGGUGGUUAUGAAAGCGAGGAUGCGUAUCAAAAUGCUGAGCUGGUGUUCCUGGAUAUUCACAACAUCCACGUGAUGAGAGAGUCGCUCCGCAAGCUGAAGGAUGUGGUCUACCCCAACAUUGAGGACUCCCACUGGCUCUCCAAUCUGGAGUCCACUCAUUGGCUCGAGCACAUCAAGCUGAUCCUGGCAGGAGCACUGCGAAUUGCAGACAAGGUGGAAUCUGGGAAAACAUCCGUGGUGGUGCACUGCAGUGACGGCUGGGACCGCACAGCUCAGCUCACCUCCUUGGCCAUGCUCAUGCUGGACGGUUACUACCGCACCAUUCGCGGCUUCGAGGUGCUGCUUGAGAAGGAGUGGCUGAGCUUCGGUCAUCGCUUCCAGCUGCGUAUCGGCCAUGGCGAUAAGAACCACACAGACGCAGACCGCUCACCUGUUUUUAUUCAGUUCAUUGACUGUGUCUGGCAGUUGACUCGCCAGUUUCCUGCAGCCUUUGAGUUUAACGAAUACUUCCUGGUUACCAUACUGGACCACCUGUACAGCUGCCUGUUCGGGACAUUCUUGUGCAACAGCGAACAGCAGAGGUUGAAAGAAGAGAUUCCCAAGAGGACAGUGUCGUUGUGGUCUUACAUUAACAGCCAGCUGGAGGAGUUUACCAAUCCUUUGUAUGUGAACUACUCCAACCAUGUGCUGUUCCCUGUAGUCAGCUUACGCCACCUGGAGCUUUGGGUAGGCUACUACAUCCGCUGGAACCCUCGCAUGAGGCCUCAGGAACCUGUUCAUCAGCGCUACAAGGAGCUGCUGGCGAAGCGUGCUGAGCUGCAGAAGAGAGUGGACGAGUUACAGCGAGAGGUGACCAAUCGCUCAGCCUCCUCUUCCUCUGAGCGGGCGGGCUCCCCCACACGCUCCAUCACUCCAGUGCAGACCUUUGUUUGACACAAGUCUGACCCUUGUGACAGUGGCAGAAGCUGAAUCCUACCUGUGAGAAGGUACUAUACAGUAGAUAUCAGUACCUGGCGCCACAAAGGACCUGUGUGCCAAACUGCCUCUUUGGGUGACACACUUAAUACACUACCACCAACAGUUGGAUGUAUUUGCACUUCUCACAGGUCAAGAGUGUCUCAGACUGCUUUACAACAGCCAUAUUCUACUCUUCCUCCAGGGUUGAGAGGACGUGUAACCUGAAUAGCGAGUACUGUUUAGCAUAUCGACCUACCUACAAUCAGUGUUGAUAGUUUUUGAAGUACACUAAAAUAUUACUCGGGUAAAAUAUGUAUGCCUUAUACACUUCACAGAAACACACUUCAUUCCUCUACACUGCAAAUGUUUAGAUGUUGACUUGAAAGCAAUGCAGCUGAAGCAAUUGUGAAGACAUACAUUACUGCAAAAAUUAUUUUGAGCUCUAGUACUAAACCCACUAAAUGGCUCGCCCUAAAGGGCUGUAAUGUUAGCUUCUUCUAAUGUUAACAAAUUAGACAUAGAGUGCAUUAAAAAGUCGGCACAAGUCAGUGCUUUAGAUAAUUGUGACCAAAUAUUUGUUUUUUUGUUUUCUUUAAUAAUACAUCAUGUGUCAUGCGUGGCAUUCCUCUCAUCGAGUGAUUUCAGUUUUGUAAGUUUCAUUUUUAUAACUAGUUAUUUAUUAUCCUUUAGUCCAGACUUGUAUUUAUGUCUCACAAACACUCUGUCUCAUGUCAUGAAUUGAUUAGACAUUUCCCCAUGCAAUAUUAAUAAUCUGCACAGAAUAUGCAACACUUCAUUUGUCCUGGUUGAUAGUCGGUCACUUACUAAACUGUUAAUGCGUGAACAUUUCUCACAGAUGCUUUUCAAAGCUAGUAUCAGCCAAUAUUUUUAAAAGGCAGCAGAGUGUGUAACAAUUAAUAAUUUGCUUUUUUUUAGUUUCAUGAAUAUCUGUGCCUUGCUCUGAAUGACUGAUUGGGGAAUAAUAAGAGAAAAGUGUGCACAGUUUUUUAAUUGCCAAGGUGAGAGGGUGAAUACAGUGUUAGUUAGCCUUUCCACUGCGUAUGUGAAUACUUGCAAUAAACACAGGACUCAACCUCAA